AUGCCUUCUUCCAAGCGAUUCGAGCUUCCCAAGCUCGACUUCAAGUUCGGCUCCCUGACUGACGGAACCGACAUUCCCCCGCCGCUUCCCAGCCCCGUCCAGGAGGUCCCCACGCCUCCCCAGACCCCGCGUGCGAGCGAAACCAAGGACUCCGAACCCGCCGUCAAGGGAAAGGUCAAUGACAAGACGAAUGGCCACGGCCCGGCAGUGCCAAACUCGCCGGCCACCACCAAUGAGGGCGAGUCGCAAGCGAACGGUGGCGUCCCCCGCCCCAUGAGCCGUAGCCAGGGCAGCAUUGUCGACGAGAAGAAAGCGAAGCGCAGCAGCGGGUGGUUCAAGAGGCUCAGGUCGCACGAUUCUUCACCGCCCCAGAAACGCUCCAGCGUCGUAUACGAGCACCCCAACAACAGCCAGACGCAGAGCCAAAGUCGGCCCCAGAGCAGGCCCCAAGUUCAGGGCCCCCCGCCGCCCAUGAUUCCCGAGCUGACCGCACUCGACACCAAGCUCGACCUCUCAGACGGAGGCAGCCUGGGUUCUGACUUGUUCAAGAACAUUAAACCUUGUUUUCCCUUUUCGCCUCCACAACUGACAACCAUGGCGACGGGCUUGCGAACGACGACGACGCUCCGUCCGCUGGCGUCUGCGCUGCGGCCGGCGCAGUACCUGCCCCGCGUCGCACGACGAUACAAGUCAGGGCCGUAUGGCUACACCCAGGCCAAGGCGCUGGUCUUCUCGAAAGAGGGCGAGCCCCGCGAUGUCCUGCAAUUGCACACCCACUCCAUCUCCCCGUCGAUCCCCUCCUCCGCCGUCCUCCUACGCGCCCUCGCCGCCCCGAUCAACCCCGCCGACAUCAACACCGUCCAGGGCACAUACGGCUCCAAGCCCCCCUUCACGUCCCUGAUCGGCACCCCCGAGCCCGCCGCGAUCCCCGGCAACGAGGGCGUCUUCGAGGUCGUCUCCGUGGGGUCCAAGGACCUCGGCCUGCAGCGCGGCGACUGGGUCAUCCCCGCGGCGUCCUCCUUCGGCACAUGGCGCACCCACGCCGUCGCGGAGGCCAAGGACGUGAUGAAGGUCUCGAAGGAGGGCCUGACGCCCACGCAGGUUGCCACCGUCAGCGUCAACCCGUGCACGGCGUACCGCAUCCUCCGCACCUACGGCCCCGGCGAGAUCAAGGCGGGCACCAACGGGGGCAUGAAUGCGCUUGAGCCGGGCCGCGGCGGGUGGUUUAUUCAAAACGGAGCCAACAGCGGCGUCGGCCGGGCUGCGAUCCAGCUCGGAAAGCUCUGGGGGCUGAGGAGCAUCAAUGUCGUCAGGGAGCGGGAGACGGAGGCGGAGACGGAGACGCUGAAGAAGGAGCUUAGCGACCUCGGCGCCACGGCCGUGGUCACGGAGAAGGAGUUCCUGGCGAGGGAGUGGAGGGACCAGCUCAAGGAGCUGACGAGGGGCGGCCGCGAGCCCGUCGGUCUGGGACUGAACUGCGUCGGCGGCAAGUCGGCGACGGCCAUCGCGAGGAGUCUCGGCGAGAGCGGCACGAUGGUGAGCUACGGCGGCAUGGCGAAGCAGCCCGUCAUGCUCCCCACCGGACUGCUCAUCUUCAAGGACCUUAGGUUUGUGGGAUUCUGGCUCAGCAAGUGGAACGAGCGGGAUCCCCAGGGACGCAAGUUUGCGAUUGAGGACGUGCUGGGCAUGAUUCGCGAGGGCAGGUUCAAGGAUGUGCCUGUGGAGGAGGUGCCGUGGAGCUGGGAGACGGAGGCUGAGAGCCUGAAGCAGGCUGUUCAGGGGGGACUUGGUGGGUUCAGGAAGGGUAAGGGUGUUUUUGUCUUUGGAGAGACAUGA